UGCAGGCGUCCCAUCAAAGUUUGUUGGUGUCCCUAUUUACCAAAUGAGCCAAUUGCAAUUGAAACCAAUUUAUACAUUUUACAACAUCCAUAUGAGGAAACAAGAUGUUUGAGAACUGCUCCAAUGCUUGUGAGAAGUUUACCUUCACACAAAUGUCAUCUCAUUCAAGGCAAAAAAUAUCCACGCUCAAAAUUUCCAGAUCUAGAAGGAGUUAUAAAUGCACCAAAUACAUUACUGUUAUUUCCAGGUCCUGAUGCUGUGAAUAUUGAAAAUAUAUCAAAUGAUUUGUCAACUCAAUACAAUCUAAUUGUUAUUGAUGGUACCUGGCAACAAGCUAAAGGAAUUUAUCACCAAAAUCCAGUGUUACACAUUCCAAAAAAGGUACAGGUACACUUUACUGGUAGAAGCAAAUAUAGUAUUAGAACCCAACCUAAUGACCAUUCCUUAUCUACAUUAGAAUCAGUAGCAUUAGCUCUAUCUACUUUAGAAGAGAAACCAGAAAUAGCUGAUAUAUUAACAAGACCAUUAGAAGCUUUAGUUAAAUUUCAAUUAGACCAUGGUGCCAAGGCUCAGGAGAGUAGAGAUUAUAAGAUCAAAAAUGGAUUAUGGACAAAGCGGUUACCUAAAUCAGUUUUGAAGAAGAGAGAGAAAGAAGAAAGAGAACAUAAGGGGAAGUGUGAUUGA